ACGCAGGUUCAGUUUGUCAGAGCCCACAUUUCUUCAGUAAGCAAUUCAUUAAUGUUUGGAGGUCGAAAGUGUUUCCGAAGCUGUUUACGUAAUAUUACUGUAUUUAAUUGAAAGUGAUCACUUAUUCUAGAGCGGAAUUUUUUCCCCAAAAACCGGUGCUGGAGGUUUGAAGACUAGGAAGAAUCGAGUCCCGUUGGAUUCUUCGAUACGAGACACGAGAGUUCUCAGUUAUUCCUAGUGCGACCGAACAGAUCUGAAUUUGUGAGUCAGCUUGUCAGGCAAAACGGCAAUUUCUUUCAUUGCCAGCCAGUUUCCUAGGAGGUUCGUCACGUGGAUGAUUUUGUGCUGUGCAGCUGGGUAUUAGCGGAGGCUGUGUGCGUAUUAGCUCGAAGAGCGCCAAUACGAGGAAUAUUUAAAGAGCUGGGCGCUUAGCGGAAGCUGGGACAGAGAGGACAGAAAGCAGGAAGAAAAAAUAUCGAUCAUGUCGCACCAUUCAGCCAGUACGAGUGCCUCCGGCCGCGCUGUGCGAGCAUUGAUGCAAGAGUUUCAGAGCAUCCAGAAAGAACCCGUGGAAGGCUUCAAAGUUAAACUACUACGAGAAGAUAAUUUGUUUGACUGGGAAGUGGCCAUUUUUGGACCGCCUGGAACACUUUAUGAAGGAGGAUACUUCAAAGCUCAUAUGAAGUUUCCGCAAGAUUAUCCUUAUUCCCCUCCUUCGAUUAGGUUUCUUUCCAAAAUAUGGCACCCAAACGUGUACGAAAACGGUGAUUUGUGCAUUAGCAUUUUGCAUCCGCCCGGUGAUGAUCCGCACAGUGGCGAGCUGCCUUCGGAGCGCUGGAAUCCGACGCAGAAUGUUCGGACCAUUUUGAUGAGUGUUAUUUCCCUGCUGAACGAACCAAAUACUAGCAGUCCUGCCAAUGUGGAUGCCUCAGUGAUGUUCCGGCGUUAUCGAGAUUCCCAAGGUCGGGACAACGAGUAUGAGCAAAUAGUCAAGAAUCAGGUGAUGCAGACGCGAGCCGAAGCGGAGCGCGAUGGAGUAAAAGUGCCUACGACGGUGGAAGAUUACUGUGUGAAGACCGUGUUUGUGGAGCAUAAGACUCCUGCGCCCGAAAUGCUGAUGGAUACUUCUGAUUUCUACUAUAGUGAUGAUUCCGAUCAGGAUGAGGAUAACUAUGAGUAUCCCGAUUCGGAUAAUGAUGAUGUGGAUAUGCAGGGCACUUCCACGCAGACGCACCACAAGAAAGGCUCGGUUAGCCGAACGGAGUCAGCAGCUGGGAAGAGUUCGGUGGCACCUAAUCGUGACUGAGCAUUUUCUCCACCACUGGUGCUAUGUUUGAAUCAGGAUGAAUCAUUGAUGUGGCGGAAAGAGUGUGGGUGUUGUUUGUGGAAUCAACACGGAAAUUUUAUUUUGAGAGUUUUUCGGACCGACUGUGUCAGUCACACGUGUUCUCUUGUCGGAAGUGUAUGAAUAACGCUUUUGAUUCUCUUUAUUUUGUGUAUUAGGCUUUUGUCUGAGCAGAACGUCCAGGUUGGUUAGGGAUGUGCGAAUUGGAACGGAAUCGCCGACGUUGACAUGUUAUUACCGAACCCUGUGUUAUAAGUCUUUCUUUUAAGUCUCAUUGUAAUCGUAGUAUACUCUUUUCUUUGCGCCAUUGUUUCGCUUUGGUUUUUAUUUGAUGUAUGUACAGUGCAGUUGUAGGUAGGUAGGCUUGUAGAUAUGGAUGGAUUUGAUCCAUUUUGAUUUUGAAUUUUCCACAGUGUUCGGAUGUUUUGAAUUUCAUCUAUAAAUGCAGUGGAAGCAAAGUUGUGUUGCUCUAAAACGUAAGUCG